UGUAGAUUGAUAUGCUUUUUCUUAUUUUUUGUUACUUAGUUUCUCUUGUUGUUGUUUCUUAUGUUUAUGUAGUGCUGUAGUUUAUUCAAAUAGAUAUGGCUACUAGUGGUAGUGGCGGGCCAUCUGCUAGUACUGGCGCAUCAACAUAUGAUCCAAGCAAAGAUCCAACUAGGAAGGCCAAAUCAAAAGACCCCGGGUGGAAGUAUGGAUAUUGGCCAGAUCUUAAUGAUAAGAACUUAGUGCGAUGUACACUUUGUGGAAAAGAUGCCAAAGGAGGAAUCAAAAGGCUUAAGCAACAUUUAAUUGGUGGGUAUGGAGAUAUAUCAAAGUGCCCAAAGACAACUGCAGCAAUCGCUAGAGAGAUGCAUGAAGCUAUCAUGCGAAAUCAGAAGAGGAAGCCUGAUGUAUUUGAUGAGGAUUAUUCUGUUGGUCAUCAGGAGGGAGAUGAUUUGCCUGAAGAGAUAGAAAGUGGAGGGCAACUCCAGUCUGGUGUACAAAGGCCCCCAACUAUAGACUCCUCAAUAAGGAACCUUGUACCAAGUUCUGGGACAUCUUCCAAAAGGAAUAAAGUUAAUGUUAAUACACAAAUGGCAGUAAAGGGUCCGAUAGAUUCUUAUCUUAGACGGACUCCUGAAGAAAUAGUUGGUGAGAGGAGGUCUAAAGGUUCUACCCAGACAACAAUACAAAGCAGCUUAAGAUCAAAUGCAGACAGAAAGAAAACUAAUGCAUAUGUUGCAAAAUGGUUUUAUGAAGCUGGCAUCCCAUUCAAUACUGUCAAGUUAAGGAGCUUUGAGGAGAUGGUUGAAGCCAUUGCACAGUUUGGGUCAGGAUAUAAGCCCCCUUCUUACCAUGAGUUGAGAGUGCCCUUGCUACAGGAUGAAAAAGCUCAGAUUGACUGUAUCAAGACGAAAUAUGAAGAUUAUUGGAAAAGGCACGGGUGCACUCUUAUGUCUGAUGGGUGGACUGACAAGAGAGGUAGACACUUGAUUAAUUUCCUUGUCAAUUGUCCAUUGGGGACUUAUUUUAUGGGCUCUGUAGAUGUAUCUAGUGAGUCUCAAUAUGCAGCCAUGUUAUUUCAGCUGCUUGAUAGUAAAAUUGAAGAAAUUGGGGAGGAUAAUGUGGUACAAGUAGUUACAGACAAUGCAGCUAAUUAUGUUGCAGCUGGUAGAAUGUUGAUGGAAAAACGGAGUAAGCUUUAUUGGACUCCUUGUGCAGCUCAUUGUUUGGACCUCAUGUUAGAGGACAUUGGCAAGUUGAAAGCUUAUAAAACAACAAUAGAGAGGGCAAAAACAAUGACAAGUUUUAUCUACAGACAUUACAAACUUGUUGAUGCUUUGAGGAAAAAGACAAAUGGAAUAGAUCUGGUGAGGUCUGGAGUUACAAGAUUUGCUACCUCAUUCUUGACACUACAAAGUUUGUACAAGAACAAGGAUGCCUUGAAGCAAUUAUUUGUAUCUGAUGAUUGGAAUAGUUCUAAGUUGUCCAAGACAGAGGCAGGUAAGAAAGUACUUGAGACAAUACUUGCACAAACAUUCUGGAACAGUGUACUAGAUUGCUUAAGAGCAUCCCAACCAAUUUUAGUUGUCUUGAGGUUAGUAGAUGGUGAUGAGAGGCCUGCAUUGCCUGAAGUUUAUUUGGCAAUGGAAAUAGCAAAAAAAAGGAUAAAAGUAAAUUUUGCCAACAAAGAACGGUCAUGGAAGAAGGUGUUAGCAAUUAUUGAUGAUCGUUGGGAGGUCCAAAUGGAUCGACCUUUAUAUGCUGCUGCCUUUUACCUAAAUGCUAGCAAAUAUUUUGACCACAUCAAUGAUGCCCCUUUUGAAGAAUCAUGUAAAAUACAAGAUGCAUUCAUGUCAGUUAUUGAAAGAAUGGUGCCCGACUUAACUGUGCAAGACAAGAUCAUACGUGAGUCUCAAUUGUACAGAAAAUGUGAAGGUAGCUUUUCAAGGAGUUUGGCUUUUAAACAACGGAUGGUCGGUGAAGGAGCAUUGGAUCCUAGUAAGUACUAAGUAUUUUUUUUUUUUUAAUUUUAAUAAGUAUUUAACAAUAUGUGUAUCUAAUUUUUUCCUUAUAUAUAGUCUCUUGGUGGCAAACACAUGGAUCUUCGGCCCCUACGCUUCAACAAUAUGCAAUACGCAUAUUAGGCCUUUGUUGCUCCGCUUCCGGUUGUGAGCGCAAUUGGAGCACAUUUGAUUUUAUUCACACCAAGAAGAGGAAUAGACUAGAACAUCAGCGCUUGAAUGAUCUAGUCUAUAUCCAAUACAAUCGUCGGCUUCAUUCAAGGUUCCAAGAAAGAAGGGAAAAAGGCAGCAAUUGUGAUCCAUUAAUUCUUGAUGAAAUGAAUUGGAGUAGUGAAUGGAUAACAGGGGAUCAAGAAGAUGGAGAUUUAGUCCAUCCUGGAGACGACCUCACAUGGGGAGAUGUUGAUAGAGCAGUUGGUGCAUCUACAUCGGUGGGGGGUCGUAAUUUACCUAGGAGGGCUCAAGGAUCAACAAGUGCAGCCAAUAUUUGCUACACACGUCGUGGUAGGGGAAGGGCCACUAUUGAGGAAUCAUCAGAUGAUGAAGUUGAAGAAGAGGUCCACGAUGUGGUGCGUGAUGAUGAAGAUAUUGAAGAAGACUUUGGUGAUGGGCCAACUGAUUCUAUGAAUCAACAACAACAGGAGGGAGAAGAAUUAGAUG